CUUUUGCCCGGAAACCCUAAUUGGGCCACCAUGAUGGGACAUCACUCUUGUUGCAACAAGCAGAAGGUCAAGAGGGGGCUGUGGUCACCGGAGGAAGACGAGAAACUCAUCAAUUAUAUCUCAACUUAUGGACAUGGUUGCUGGAGCUCAGUUCCAAGACUUGCAGGGCUGCAGAGAUGUGGAAAGAGUUGCAGACUGAGAUGGAUAAAUUAUCUUCGACCUGACUUGAAACGUGGGAGCUUCUCUCCUCAAGAGGCUGCUCUCAUCAUUGAGCUCCAUAGUAUUCUAGGAAACAGAUGGGCGCAGAUAGCUAAGCAUCUGCCAGGAAGAACAGAUAACGAAGUGAAGAACUUUUGGAAUUCAAGCAUAAAGAAGAAGCUCAUCUCUCAUGAUGUUCCUGCUUUAGCAAACUUCUCUGAUUUUCACAACCCUAGUUGUCCUGAAGGAGUUUACAUCCCUUUAACUGAAAAUCCUAAUUUGACUCAACAAAACCAGUUCUUUCUUCCUUCUCCAUCUCCAAUGCUGCAAACUCUUGGCCAAGCUGAGUUCAAACUGAAUCAAAGCAAUUUCAAUGCUGAUUCAUUUCAUUUUCCUCAUUCUAUGAACCCUUCUCUGCCCAAAAGUUCAUCUUCGUUUGAGAAUUCAUGUUGGUCAUUGCCUAAUUAUCUCCCACAACACCUUGCUGAUUCAUCAAAUCAUCAUCGAGAGAACCAAAUUUUCAACAAUGAUAAUAAUAAUAGCAAUACUAUUGUUGAUCCAAGCAUUGUCCCAAUGGCGCCUUUUCAUGACAAUCCUUUAAUGGUGCCCACAAUGCCUAAGCUUUGUGACAUCCUUGAAGCAAAUCAUAUUUGCGGCAGCAUGCCACCUUCAUCUGAUUCUCUAGAAGUUGACCCAAUUGCAAGACUUGCAAGUAGUACUAAUUUUCCAUCUGGGUCAUAUCCUCAACCACCAAUGACCGAUCCAAUGGACUACAUUGAUGCUAUCAUGUCAACCCUACCUCCUGCGGCGUCCUCGUCAUCAUCAUUGUCACCAUUAUCAAGAGUGCAAUAUUUGACAAACCCUAAUUUUCCUGCAACCAGCUGGGGUCCAUAGACAUGAUUCUGGAA